ACGACCGCAAGGAGGACAUUAGCGAUGGCAAGCAAUUACAAGUCCUUCUUCGUCUUCUUCGUCAGAGCUGGGCUUCUGCUUGGCCUGGCCAAUCCGUUGGUGACCUCAGCCUCCUGUCCCUCGCAGUGCCGGUGCGAUGGGACUUUCAUAUACUGCAAUGACCGGGAUUUGACUUCCAUCCCUUCGGGCAUCCCAGAGGAUGCUACAGUACUUUUUCUCCAGAACAACCGCAUCAAAAGCGCAGGGAUCCCUACGGAUCUACGACGGCUGAACAGUGUCGAAAAGAUCUACCUAUACUGCAACAAUCUGGAUGAGUUCCCCACCAACUUGCCGCUGAAUGUCAAGGAACUUCAUUUGCAGGAGAACAAUAUCCGGACUAUCACCCACGCGUCCCUGGCACAGAUUCCUAUCAUUGAGGAAUUACACCUCGAUGACAAUUCCGUGUCAGCUGUCAGCAUCGAAGAGGGUGCGUUCCGGGACAGCAACCAUUUGAGGCUGCUCUUCCUGUCCCGCAACCACCUAAGCACCAUACCUUCAGGCCUGCCAAUGACUAUCGAGGAACUUCGCUUCGACGACAACCGCAUCUCGUCCAUCUCUGAGGCAUCCCUGCAGGAUCUUAUAAACCUGAAGCGACUGGUUCUGGAUGGCAACCUCCUGAACAACAGGGGCAUUGGGGAGAUGGCCUUGGUGAAUUUAGUCAACCUGACCGAGCUCUCGUUGGUACGGAACUCCCUGACUUCCCCACCCGCCAACCUGCCGGGCUCAAGCCUGGAGAAGCUAAAUCUUCAAGACAACCACAUCAAUCACGUGCCAGCAGGUGCCUUUGCUUUUCUGCGACAGCUGUACCGUUUGGAUCUGUCAGGCAACAACUUGAGCAGUCUGCCCAUGGGGGUAUUUGACGACCUGGAUAACCUUACCCAGCUGCUCCUGCGCAACAACCCCUGGAACUGCAAUUGCAGGAUGAAGUGGGUGCGUGACUGGCUGCGCAGUAUUCCAUCUAAGGUCAACGUGCGUGGCUUCAUGUGCCAAGGUCCCGAUAAGGUCAAAGGGAUGGCCAUCAAAGACCUAUCCACAGAGCUGUUUGGCUGCUCAGACACGGAGAUCCCAACCACAUAUGAGACCAGCACAGUCUCAAACACUUUGCCACCCUCACGACCCCAGUGGCCCUCAUAUGUGACUAAAAGACCUGUGGUUAAGGGUCCAGAGCUGGGAAGAAACUAUCGUAGCACGACGCCGUCCAGUCGCAAGAUCAUCACGAUAAGCGUCAAAUCCAGUAGCGCAGAGACGGUGCACAUAUCCUGGAGAGUAUCCCAGCCCAUGACGGCCCUGAGGCUCAGUUGGCUAAAGCUGGGUCACAGUCCUGCUUUCGGAUCUAUAACUGAGACCAUCGUCCAAGGGGAGAGAACAGAGUACCUGCUCACAGCUCUGGAGCCCGAAUCCUCUUAUCGGAUAUGCAUGGUUCCCAUGGAGACGAGUAACAUUUACCUGUCAGACGAGACACCUGUUUGCAUAGAGACAGAAACUGGUUCCCUGAAAGCGUACAAUCCCACCACAACCUUGAACAGAGAGCAGGAGAAAGAGCCUUACAAAAAUUCCAAUCUGCCUUUAGCUGCUAUCAUCGGAGGGGCGGUGGCCCUUCUGGCUAUCAUCAUGUUGGCCCUGGUGUGCUGGUACAUCCACAGGAACGGUUCCUUAUUUUCCAGGAACUGCACGUACAACAAAGGGCGCAGGCGGAAGGACGAUUAUGCCGAAGCUGGAACAAAGAAGGACAACUCCAUCUUGGAGAUUAGAGAGACCUCUUUUCAAAUGAUUCCCAUAAAUCACAUGCCCGUUUCAAAGGAGGAGUUUGUGAUACACACAAUUUUUCCUCCUAAUGGCUUAAGUCUUUACAAGAGCCCGCACAGCGAAAACAGUAUCAACAACAGAAGCUACAGAGACAGUGGAAUACCAGAUUCAGACUACUCUCAUUCAUGAUAGUGUGCGCGGAUUACAAAGACGUUUUAUUGCAAAUGAGUGACUCGGAGACUGCUUGGUCUUUUGAAAAACACUGGAUUGAAAAGACUGAGAAAGCAUCGUUAUGUACAUUUGCCAUAUAAUUUAUAUUUAAGGACGAUUUAUUAAAAGGAAAAAAGGUUCCGAUUGCAGGCCAUCACUGAGCUGUCGGUGUAUGCUGCCACAAACUGCAAUUCUAUAUUUUAGAUAUUUGUAGUCAUUUGUACUGUACUUCCUUUACUUAUGGUUUUAGACCAAUUAAAAAAAACUUUGUGCUCUACUGAGAUAUGAUGACUUGUCAACUGUGAAAGUGGGUUUUCAUUGCUGUGUUGAACAAUCAGAUUUUAGAAAACCAUGUAGUAUAAAGCACAGGUCAAAAUUAUCGCUACGUUGCUGUCAGUGGAAAAAAAUAAAUACAACAAAAAACAAGGCUGUGAGAAUAUAGGGCAUAGGUUUCAUCAAAGGAAAUAAAGAUGCAAGUGUUUUGUUAAUUCUAAGGAUGGCAGGCACAGACUUACUCCGGUGUCACAGAAACCUCUGGGUUUCUUUAGGAAUCCCGGUUUGCCCGUUCCAGAACGUUGCCAGGUUUUACAUCACUGCAACGUUUAAGAAGCAGAUAUCUAUUACUUCCUCUCUGCCCUGGAGGAGGCAGCAACAGAGCACAGAAUCCUAAAUCCUUUGCAAAUGAAGCACACAGAUCAAAUGAAAGGUUACAUUGCAGUCAAAUCAAAGUGGAUGGGCAAAAACACAACAUUGAACUCAAUAUCGCUCGUUCAGCAAAGGGAAACAGCAUUUACCGUAUCCCUCAGUACAGUUAACCACGUCAUGUAAACGUUGCCCUCCAAAAAGGAAUAUUAUGGGCAGAAAAAAUAUGGCAAGAAACACAUUUGGGCUCUUUUCUAUUUGGAAUAUAAAAAGUGUCAACUAUUUUUUUGUUCAUAUAAUUCUUAUUUGUAUGUUUUUGUUUUCUAAUUCAAGCCACUUUUUAAGUUGCCACAGUUAAAUAGUUCUUUACAACUGAAGACCAAAGUGCAUUGAAUGCCCUUUGGCCAGUCUUGUAUGUGCCUUGAACCAAUGCUUAUUGUAUUUAGCUUUUUCAAAAAAAUAAAUCAGUGACUUAACUUUUUUCAUAAACACUUGAAUAUGAUAGGAUACUGGUCAUAUUGCAAAAUAAAAGUGGAUAAA